AGAAUCACCAUUUCUACAAUAUGACAGACAGAGCGUCAGUUAAAGUAGUCGUUACGGUGUUUUAUGAAGCUUUAUGUCCCGAUUCAAAGUAUUUUCUUACUAAGCAGGUGCUUCCUACUUAUAAGGUCGCUGAACGAAUUAUGGAGGUGCGUCUUGCACCUUAUGGCAAGGCGAGAACAAACCAAAUUAAUGACAGAAUAACUUUUGAUUGUCAACAUGGACCUACGGAAUGCCAAGCAAACAUUUACCACGCAUGCACUGUGGAGAUUAUUGAUGAUCCACUCCUGCGAUUACAAGUAGUCUCAUGUAUGAUUACAGAUAACUACUUACCUCAAAAUGCUAUGCAUAAGGUUAGUAGAAAAUUUUAAGAAAUUUGAGGAUUUAUUCUAAAAGAAAGACAAGGAAUAUGAAUAAUAACUGUUCUUGUUUUUAUAAUGUUCCUACAUUAAUAUAUAUAUGUUACAAAUAUAUAAAUGUAUUUAUAUAUAAGUUAAUUUGGACCGACCUUUAUAUUAUUUCUCACUUUCACUCGUGCCCGUUGGGGCAAGGAUCCGUUAAGUAAUAAAACAAUUUAUUUAUUUCA